AUGACCAUCUCAGAAAUCGCCCGCUUCGUGGCCCAGCACGCGACCCGCUCCAACAAACUCAAACUGUUCUUCACCCUCCUCGCUCUCCUCACCUACAAAUACCGUUCCCACGCUAUCGGAACCCGUCGACGACCUGACUUGAAGGAACCCAAGGGCACCGUCCCCUUCUUUGGACACAUGUUCCUCAUGGCAUCCAUGCCUAGCACGGACUUGUACGACUACUUUGAACGAACCUACCGUGAACUGGGACCUGUAUGGUCCAUCUCGCUGCCGGGGAUCGGACGCAUGAUCCAGGGAGAUACUCCUGAACUGCUCGAGCAUGUUCUAAAGACCAACUUUUGGGCGUACCACAAGGGACCUCACUUUACUGGAUCAAUGGGCGAUGUCUUUGGCAAAGGAAUCCUCAGCGCCGACGGAGAGAGCUGGAAGUUCCAACGAAAACAGGCCACCCAUCUCUUCAACGUCAGCGCCUUCCGAGAAUACACUAGCGAGGUCUUUAACAAAGAGGCGGAAAAGGUACUCGACUAUCUGGGCAAGGCGGCCGAUUCGGGUUCUGUUGUCGACUUUCAUGCUAUCAUGCACGCCUUCACCCUCGAUGUCUUUGGCAGCGUGUCAUUUGGAGAGAGUUUUGGGUGCUUGGAGAACAUCGACGGCAGAGUCCCUUUUGCGGAUGCAGUCGGAGACCUACUUGGGAUCUGCUCACUGCGCCUCGUGGACCCACUCUGGAAGGUCCGAGAGGCCGUGACAUCUGUCGGGAAGAAGGCGCGAGAGCUAAAGUUUGUUAUGAGGGAGCGUAUUAGGACGAUUGUGGAACGGCGCCGACGGGAGGGUCUUGGCGACAAAAAGGAUAUGUUGCAGCUGUUGUUGGAGGCAACGGAUGAUGAUGGCAACGCGCUGACGGAGGAGUACCUUGUCGAUAUCAUUCUCACCUUCACGGUUGCAGGGCGGGAUACCAUGGCACAAUCGGUUGCGUGGAUGAUGUAUUCGAUGCUCCGAAACGAGACCGAUCCGUCAGUGAUGGAAAAGUUGGUCCGAGAAGUCGACGAGGUGCUUGGUGAUAGCUUGCCUACCUAUGAGACCCACAAGAAGCAAAAGUAUGCCGAAGCAUGUUUCUUUGAGACCCUGAGGAUGUACCCUCCAUUGCCACGCAACUUCAAGACAUGCGUCCAAGACGACACCCUCCCGGACGGAACAAAGAUCUACGCCGGAGAAUUGUUCACCUGGUCCUCCUAUGUCAUGGGUCGAUCCGAACAACUCUGGGGUCCAGACGUCAAGGAAUUUAAGCCGGACCGCUGGCUCGGUCGUGAGAAAGCAUCGUCACUGAGCAAGUUCAGCUCGUUCCAUUUGGGUCCUCGUACUUGUGUAGGACAGGGGUUUGCUGUCUUGGAGGCAUUGACGAUUGUUGGGUUGGUGCUGCAGAAAUUUGAGUUGAAGUUGGUGGAACCCGGGAGGGUCCCUGAGUAUGGACUUGGGACUACCUUGGCGAUGCGGUAUGGGUUGCCGGUCCGGGUGACCCGUCGGAAUUGA